AUGUCCCCAUUGCCCCCAUUAUCCCCUUAUCCCCAUUCUUCUCCAUCCCCCCCAUUCCCCCCUUACCCCACAUUCCCCCCAUCACCGCUGCUGCUCCCAUGCUCGGUGCCGGUGCGGCCGCCGCGGUGCCCGGUGCAGGCCUGGGUGUCCUCCCUGCGGCAGCCCGAGGCUCAGCACCGGGGCCUGGCCGAGCUGCACCCGGACGUGUUCGCUGUGGGGCCCAGGCUCGACAUCCUGCACAUGGUGGCCAUGUGGCAGAAGAACUACAAGAGGAUUAGCUACGCCAAGGUCCGGACACGCGCCGAGGUGCGGGGGGGGGGCCGCAAACCCUGGAGGCAGAAGGGGACGGGACGGGCCCGGCACGGGAGCAUCCGGUCACCGCUGUGGAGGGGGGGUGGCAUCGCCCAUGGCCCGCGGGGCCCCACCAGCUAUUACUACAUGCUGCCCAUGAAGGUGCGGGCGCUGGGGCUGAGCGCUGUGCUCAGCGUGAAGCUGAUGCAGGAUGAUCUCCACAUCGUGGAGGACCUGGAGCUGCCCACCGCUGACCCCCAGUACCUGCAGGAUCUGGCCCGGUUCCGGCACUGGGGCAGCUCCGUGCUCCUGGUGGAUGUCAAUGAGCCCCCCGAGAACAUGAAAGCUGCGGUCGCUGACCUCAAAACCUUCACCCUCAUCCCUGCCGUGGGUCUCAGUGUGCACACGGCCCUCAAGCACCACACUCUGGUCCUCACCGUCGCCGCCGUCGCGUUCCUGGAGCCGCGGCUGCUCUGGCACCGGCGCCGCUAUGGCCCCAUCCAACCCUGGGCGAUGCCACAGCUGGGGCUGCCCUGGAGCCACAGCGGAUGAGAGACCCGGGAGCGCAUCCCGAGGGAUCCAACCUGAUCCCAAUGGAUCCCAACUGACCCUGAUGGAUCCCAACUGAUCCCGAUUGAGCUGAUCCCAAUGGAUCCAUCCUGAUCCCAAUGGAUCCAACCUGAUCCUGAGGGAUCCCAACUGAUCCUGAUGGAGCUGAUCCCAAGGGAUCCCAACUGAUCCAACCUGAUCCCAUUGGAGCUGAUCCCAAGGGAUCCCGUCCUGAACCUGAUGGAUCCAACCUGAUCCUGGUGGAUCCAUUCCUGGUCCUGAUGGAGCUGAUCCCAAUGGAUCCUACCUGAUCCCGAUUGAUCCAACCUGAUCACAACGGAUCCCAACUGAUCCCAGUGGAUCCAAUCUGAUCCUGAUGGAUCCAGUCCUGAUCCCAAGGGGUACCAACUGAUCCCUAUUGAUCCAUCCUGAUCCCGAUGGAGCUGAUCCCAGUGGAUCACAACUGAUCCAGAUGGAUCCAUCCUGAUCCUGAUGGAGCUGAUCCCAAUGGAUCCCAGCUGAUCCCAAUGGGUCCAGUCCUGAUCUCGAUGGAUCCAACCCCAUGCCAUUGGAUCUAGCUCCAUCCCAUUGGAUCUGGCCCCAAAUCCCAUUGGAAAAGGGGGGGCUGGGGAGGCUCCAGUGCUGCUGGGGCCAUUAAAGCUCUUUGCUCUCU